AUGUCUCAACAAUUUGAGUACGUAAUCCCUCCAUGGGAAGCAGAAAUGAUCAUCAAAGAUCUAUCGCCUUCCAAGCUCGAGGAAAUGGGAACAAAGCUCUGGUUCGAGUAUCACAAAAAGCUGAUGCACUUAAGUCAGCAAAGUGUGUUAGAGAUCACUCAUAUGCGUGAGGAAACAAUCAAAGAGUGGUUCGUAACUUUCCAAAAAAUUCCGAUUCUGAUUUUCGAAGCCAUACAAAUUUCCGUGUGGAAACAAAAAAUAUUUCCGCGACUCCUGGAGCUCGAUGAGGAACCUUCCAACACUUUCAUGCUCUACAGUGUUUUAUACCACGAAAGCAUCGCAGUUUCGUUACUGGAGAAUAUUCUGUACCACUCUGACAGCGUAGAGUCUCUUGAAGACCCAGCUCUUGAUUUAAUAGACUACGCGGUUUCUUGUAUUACUGAAAUUAUUUUUCCAAAAGAGCAAGACCAGGGUGAUAGUAAUGACAUCAAAGAAGAUCAAUCUUGUCUUGAAGAGUUGUUACUAAAAAAAAAAGAAAUAGAAUUCGACGUUAGUAUCAAAUGCAUCUCAAUAAUCGGUUACUUAGGAAGUUUUGCUGAUUCCUUACCUCUGACUACUUUGAAACGUUUGCUAUCAACUCACGAUGUUCCUUAUUUGUUUGCUCAAUUGAUUGAAUUGCGUCCUUGGAUAAAAAUAGUCGAUGGAACUAGAAUGAUUUAUUCCACUAUCGGAGUCUGGGAAAAAUUAAAAGAAGGCGAGGAAGACAAAGUUUCUAAAAUAGAAGGCCAAGUUUGGUUUGGACUUCGCGAGCUUCUUCUCAACCCCAAAGCCGCUACUUAUUACCAAGUUUCCGAGUUUAGAAUAUCUGCGCUGGCUAAGCUGCAAAAGUAUUUACAUGAAAGAGUGCUCGAUCAGAUUCCUCCGCUCGUCGACUUUCGUAGGUGGCUUAGUUGUUUGAAUGUCACCUCGCAGUGGAAAAAAAUUGCUGAACAACAGUCAGAAUAUUUUUUCGCUAAAAAUAUUGAGUAUGUUCAAAACAUGGCGCAAGUUUUAAGCGAAGCUUAUGAUUUGGAUAAAAUGGUUAUUGAUGAUAACAAGUGUGUUACAUUUUGGCAUAUUUCAGCAGGGUUUUUAAAUUGGGUUCACCUCAGUUGA